CCUAAAUCUUAUUAGGAUAAACAGAAACCUUUGGAACGCGACCAUUCCAACCCUGGUGCAUCGUGAAUCUGCAAGCUGUACCCCAUGGCACAGUUGUCACACAGAUUGGGCGAUCUACGCACACACUGCUUGUGGAACAACAGAACGCGUCAUCACGCAAAGAGCAUCUGCCGCGCGCAAUGCACCUCAGGCGCGCCGGUCGACAGCGCGCGCACAUGCAUGUCGCUUGACCGCCGCACCGUACUGUUUGGCGCGCUAGCCGCUAUCCAAGGCUCCCUGGCCCCUUCCAGUAAAGCUGGAAUGCUUGACGGCACCGUGGAGUGGUGGAAGGGUCGCAAGCGGGCAAACAGCGCCAAGCUCAUCGCACCCAUCAAGGUGGCCCAGCAGCGGCUGGAGGCGGCCGCAGCCAUGCUGGCAGACGGCAGCGGCAGCAUGCUUGACGUGUUGCAGCUGGUGCGCGCCUCCUCGCUCAACUGCUACACCUUCGAGGCGCUGCCGGGCGACUCGCUGGAGACGCGCGCCAGCCUGCUCACCCAGGCGGCCAACCUGUCCGACCCCUGCACCUUCCGCAUCAUCGUGAAGAACGUUGUGGAUUUUGCUCCCCCCGAGGCCAAGGAGCGCGGAGCUGCCCUGCUCUCCUCGCUCAUCCUGGCAUACCAGAAGCUGGACUCGGAGGCGGAGGCGGCGGC